CUUAGUUACAUUAACAUUUACAUUGAGUCUGUUCAUUAACACUGUAGUAAAGUGUUAUCAGAAAAAUGACAAGAGAGUUAAAAAAUAAAACUAUCGUGGUUACUGGAGGAUCGGUGGGCAUUGGAUACGCAAUCGCCGACAGCUUUUUACAAAAGAAUGCAAAAGUGGUUAUUAUUUUAAACACCAAUCAAGAGCAAGGAACGGAAGCUGCAAAAAAAUUAGCCGCUAAAUAUGGUCAAAAUAAAGCCGUCUAUUACAAGUGUGAUGUUACAACAGACCUGGAAGUUAUUUUUGAUAAAAUCAUAGAAGAGUUCACCACCGUCGAUGUGCUAGUUAACAAUGCUGGAAUAUUGAACGACGUUUACUUAAGAAAAACCAUAGAUACCAACGUGAUUGCUUUGAUGGAAUGGUCCUUGAAGUUUUGGGAACACAUGAGGAAGGACAAAUCUGGAAAAGGAGGUACAAUAAUAAAUGUUAACUCAAUUUAUGGAUAUAGAACAGACCCUUAUAUACCUGUAUAUCACGCUUCAAAGUUUGCUGUGAUGGGAUUUACGAAAUCAUUGGGACAUGAGCAUAACUUUACCAAAUUUGGUGUCAGGGUGGUGGCUAUUUGCCCUGGAUUUACCGAAACCAAGUUAGUGCAGAAUAUGAUAACAUGGACUCCUGAUAUAAUGAAAGAGUUUAACUCUUUCGUUAAAACUAAGCCGUGGCAGAAACCUGAGGCAGUGGGCGAAGCGGCAGUGGAAGUGUUUGAGAACGCGGACAGCGGCACGGCGUGGCUCAGUGAAGGGGGGCAGCCAAUCACAUUAGUGCAGUAGUAUCAAUACAUUGUAGUACCCUUGGAGUAUCGCAUGCUGUGAAAGACAUU